GCGCAUGCGCACUGUGGGUGUCAGCGGGUUGGUUGGGCUUGUGUUUACAGCUCGGAUGGAUGCUGUUGGCUGAUGUUAUUGGGAAAGUGCAAUGUUGUGCCAACCGCCAUUGGAAUAAAUAUAACCGUGGGAAUACAGGUGAUUUUGCUCAUCAUCUCCCACCACUUUCUCCUCCCGUCUUCCAUUCAUGAGCAGCGUGGCUGAGUUUAACAGCGGCAGCCAUGGAUGACAAGGGCUCGGUGGGGAAGAUUAGCGUGUCUUCGGACUCAGUGUCCACUCUCAACAGUGAGGACUUUGUCCUUGUGUCCCGGCUGGGGGAUGAGACACCCUCCUCCACUAAUAAUGGUAGUGAUGACGAAAAGACAGGACUGAAGGUGAUUUCUGAGGAAGGGGUCAGCUUUAAGAUUGUGGGGAAUGGAAGUGAGCAGCAGCUCCAGAGGGAAUUAGAGGAUGUCCUCAUGGACCCAUCGGUAGCCGACACUGGACUCAGAUCAGAAGCAGGAAUGGACAGCCUUAGUGGGGGCGACCAUGGCCCUCUUCCCACUACAGCGUCACCCGUACCGCCGGGCUCUGACCCUCUGAGUGCACCGCCACCCAAGCUGGAGAUGGUGCUUCCUGUUCAGACGGCUCAGGAGAGUGAGCUGAAUGAGAGAUCGUACCGAGCAGAUGAAUCAUCAUCAGAGGGCAGUCCUGGCAGUCCCAUCCCAGAUGAGGACAGCGUUGUGUUCAGCCAGCUGACAUAUCUGGGGUGCGCCUCGGUCAACGCCCCCCGCAGUGAGGUGGAGGCCCUCCGUAUGAUGAGUAUCCUCAGAGGGCAGUGCCAACUGCCACUGGAUGUCACACUGUCUGUGCCAGGCGUUUCCGAAGGCACAGUCAGGUUGCUGGACCCCAAUUUCAGUACAGAGAUCGCCAACUACCCUAUAUACAAGAUUCUGUUCUGUGUGCGAGGCCAUGAUGGCACACCAGAGAGCGACUGCUUUGCCUUCACUGAGAGCCACUUCAAUGCUGAGAUCUUCAGGAUCCAUGUGUUCCGCUGCCAAAUCCACGAAGCGGUGAGUAGGAUACUGUACAGCUUUGCCACAGCGUUUCGGCGCUCAGCGAAGAAGGCAGUUCUGUCAUCUCAGCAGCCGGCUCCGCUCACACCUGACAGUGACUUGUUUACCUUCACCGUCAGCCUGGAGAUCAGGGAGGAUGAUGGCAAGGGUACUUUCAGUGCUGUGGCAAAAGACAAGGACAAGCAGAGCUUCAAGUUGCGUGCAGGAAUGGACAAGAAAGUUGUCAUUUAUGUCCAACAGACCUCCAAUAAAGAACUGGCUAUUGAGAGGUGUUUCGGUCUCCUGCUCAGCCCAGGGAAAAAUGUGAAGAACAGCGACAUGCACCUGCUAGAUCUGGAGUCAAUGGGAAAGAGUUCCGACGGGAAGUCUUACAUCAUCACAGGAAGUUGGAACCCCAACACGCCUCAGUUCCAGCCUGUGAAUGAGGAAACGCCCAAAGAUAAAUUCAUGUACAUGACGACAGCAGUGGACCUGGUGAUCACAGAGGUGGAGGAGCCGGUUCGUUUUCUGCUCGAGACGAGGGUCAGAGUCUGCUCCCCAAAUGACAGGCUGUUCUGGCCCUUCAGCAAGCGUAACUACACUGAGACCUUCUACCUUAAACUACGACAGAUGGAGCGUAAGGAGCGUAAGAGUCCUGCCUCUGACACACUUUAUGAGGUGGUGAGUUUGGAAAGCGAGACUGAGAGAGAGAAACGGAAGACCACAGCUAGUCCCGGCAUCGUGCCCACCGGUACCACGGUCCCGUCACCACCUGAGGAUGAUGAAGAGGAAGAUAAUGAUGAGCCAUUACUCAGCGGGUCAGGUGACGUUUCCAAGGAGUGUGCAGAGAAAAUCCUGGAGACCUGGGGGGACUUGUUAUCCAAGUGGCAUAUGAACUUAUCAGUGCGUCCCAGGCAGCUGCCAGCUUUGGUGCGGAGUGGCAUUCCUGAGGCUCUCCGAGGGGAGGUGUGGCAGCUCCUGGCAGGCUGCCAUAACAAUGACCACCAGGUAGAAGAGUACCGCACUCUAAUUACAAAGGAGUCCCCUCAGGACAGUGCCAUCACCAGGGACAUCAACAGGACAUUCCCAGCUCAUGACUACUUCAAAGACACUGGAGGAGAUGGACAAGACUCCCUCUACAAGAUCUGCAAGGCUUACUCUGUGUACGAUGAGGAGAUUGGCUACUGCCAGGGACAAUCCUUCUUGGCUGCUGUGCUGCUGCUGCACAUGCCAGAGGAGCAAGCCUUCAGUGUGCUGGUCAAGAUCAUGUUUGAUUACGGGCUCAGGGACCUUUUCAAGCAGAACUUCGAAGAUCUGCAUUGCAAGUUCUUCCAACUUGAGAGACUCAUGCAGGAAUAUUUACCAGACCUGUACAACCAUUUCCUGAAUGUGGGUCUGGAGGCUCACAUGUACGCCUCUCAAUGGUUCCUCACCCUCUUCACGGCCAAGUUCCCUCUUUAUAUGGUCUUCCAUAUCAUUGACCUGCUACUGUGUGAGGGCAUCAGUGUGAUCUUCAAUGUAGCCUUGGCACUUCUGAAGACAUCAAAAGAUGAUCUGAUCCAAACAGACUUCGAGGGUGCUCUGAAAUUCUUUCGUGUCCCGGUUCCGAAGAGGUACCGCUCUGAGGAAAACGCAAAGAAACUGAUGGAGCUGGCCUGUAGCAUGAAGAUCAGCCAGAAAAAGCUGAAGAAAUUUGAAAAGGAGUACCACACCUUGAGGGAGCAGCAGGAGCAACAGGAGGCCCCCAUCGAAAGAUACGAGCGGGAGAACCGUCGUCUGCAAGAGGCUAACAUGCGUUUGGAGCAGGAGAAUGACGACCUGGCACACGAACUAGUCAGCAGCAAGAUAGCCCUUCGCAAAGACCUCGACAACGCUGAGGAGAAGGCGGACGCCCUGAAUAAAGAGUUGCUGCUGACCAAACAGAAACUGGUGGACUCUGAGGACGAGAAGAGGCGACUGGAGGAAGAAUCUGCUCAGCUGAAGGAGAUGUGCAGGCGAGAGCUCGAUAAGUCUGAAUCAGAGAUAAAGAAGAACGGCUCCAUUAUUGGAGAAUAUAAGCAGAUCUGCUCCCAGCUGAGUGAACGACUGGAGAAGCAACAGACAGCCAACAAAGGAGAGCUGGAGAAAAUCCGGUUCAAAGUGGAAGGCUGUGAGAAGUGCAGUAGUCUUUUCAACAAAGAAGGUCGUGUGCGGCGCGCUGUGACCACAACCUCUGCGGGGGGAACCGAGGAGACGGAUGAGGAGAAGGAGAGUUUGAAGAAUCAGCUGAGAGAGAUGGAGCUGGAACUAGCCCAGACCAAACUGCAGCUGGUGGAGGCUGAGUGCAAAAUCCAGGACCUGGAGCACCACCUGGGUCUGGCCCUCAACGAAGUGCAGGCCGCCAAGAAGACCUGGUUCAACCGAACGCUCAGCUCCAUCAAGACCGUCACUGGGACGCAGGGCAAGGAGACCGCCUAACCUGAUAACCCCACCAUCCAACUUUACCCAGACCCCGUGUGGAGCUCAGCGCAGCUCACCCCGCUGAAACCUCCGCACGCCUAACUUAACCCACCGGGCCAUGACUUUAACUUGAACGCUGACCGUUAAACUCCAGGAUGACCAUUACUACAGACUGUGUUAUUCGUUCCUCUUAUCAAGAAUGUCGUCAUGCUUCCCUGUUCCCCCUGCUUAAGUGAUUUAAACAUCACCCCCCCCCCCCCCCAUCCAUUUAUUCUCCUGUCCACCCCAAAUGACUACAGCCAAAUGUGCUGAUGAGAAGGGGUUGAAAAACACAAGAUGAAGUACAACCGUACCACUUUCCCCAGAGACACGAUGUGCUUCCACCGGUCACAGAAAGAAACGCUUAAAAAAAAAAGAAAGAAAAGGAAAUGCUUCAUUUAUUUCUGUCUUUGUACUGCUGAUGUUAAAGCCCUGCAGAAGGAAGGCGGGACAUCUGAACUUUUACUGUCCUGAUGGGAUAGAGAAGAAAACACUCCGUCCUUCCUUAUUAUUCUGCGUGCUCCCCUCUAAACUACUGGCCACAACCAGUCCCUGUUAAAUCUUUGUUUUAGGUACGAGAGCUGAUAGACGCCUUUUCAAAACUGAGCUUUUUCUAAUUUACGUUGAACAAUACCUUUCUUUUUCUAUGUAUGUACGUGUGUGUGUGUGUGUGUGUGUGUGUGUGUGUGUGUGUGUGUGAGUGAGUGUGAGAGUGUGUGUGUGUGUGUGUCUAAGCAUGCAUGUUUUGUGUUGACUAUGAGGAGUAUGUGUUCGUGUGUGAGACUGAAUAAUAUGUAUUUGAAUGCAUAAAUAAUUGACUGAAGUAACGUUAAAAUGUGAGUACAAAAGAAAGAGCGAGACAGCGAGUGGAAGUCCAAGGGAAAGAAGAAAGCACUAAGGUUAUGAGUGUGUGCAUGCAUGUAAGGGGAACGAAAAGUUUUCCCUUGUUGUCUAGUUUCCUUUAAUGUUCAAAUGUGUAUAUGACUGAUGCUAAAGAAACGUUUGCUGACAAAGCCUUGAUCUGAAGGUCGAUAAAGAUGAUACUAGAGAUAGAUAUAUAAAUUACAGACACGGAGGUAUACAAUCUGUUGGGAUUACCAACAGCACCAUAACUUUCCUCACAUCAAAUUUCAGAAAACAUGCAUGAGGUUUGUUUGGUUUGGAUGUCCCAGCACAAAGAAACUAAAAAAGCUCCAAACCAUGCAAACCUUUUUCAUGUUUCAUAAAGUACGUUUAUGUUACAACACUGUUAAACCCCACAGUGGUGCAAUGCUUGUUACAAACUAUAAAGAUCUCUUAGGUGGAAGUGUAAAGUCAAAAUGGAAAGCACACACACACAUAAAGAACAUUGUAAUUCCUGCUGCACUUGAACACACUGUUAACCCCCCCCCCCCCUCCCUCCCUCCCUAGUCUCUGCUGCCAGCUGCUCUGUGAUCUUUGACCUCUGGGUCAUGUGUGAGACUUUGUUGCCGUGUUUUACUUCUCACACUUUAGUCGGACAUUUGGGAUCUCUUUUACCACUACACACACAAACACUGAAUUACUGUUUAAUAUAAAGGCGGGUACUGUACAAACACUCAGUGGCCACUUUAUUAGGGUCAUCGAUGUCCAACAAACAUGCACCAAGGUUGAGACAUUUGGUCACUUUCCAGAAAAAGAGAUAGUAGAAAGGGCAAGAUGUUGGAUCUGAAAGCUGGUAUGGUUAUUGGUGCUACUCGAGGAUGGUUAUCUUUAUACAGGAUGGUGAAGAAAUCAGAAAAAAAAAAAGAUAUGCCUUGUCAGUGAGAGGUCGGAGCACAAUAGCCAGAAAAGAUGUUUAACAGGAAGGACAGAGGUAGGUUAGUGUACACAUGACUGGUUGAAUUUUAGCUUGACUUAAGUUUCCACUUGUGACAGCUAAGACGGAGCAACAGUAGGCAGGGGAUUGAUGAUUGGAAAAUGCUACAUUAUGCAACUAAUUGUUAGUUUCUGUUGUCAUAAAAAGCUUGUUUCCAGUGUUGAGUCAAAGGUGGACUGUGGCGACUCGGCUUACGAUGGGAUCCUGUAAUGUCACUAAUGCCACAGCGUUCAAAAGUAUCGUUACUGUCCGGGUGGAUCUCUUCUUGGCCGCUCAUCAUCUCAAGAUGGAUCCAGUGACAUGACAGAAACGUGUGUUUAUUCCGGCCGCCUGCAUUUAAGUGGCCACUGAAUGAGAAUGUAGAGGCAGAGAAGUCACACACACACAGAAACACCCGUAGGGAAAUUCUGCAGCUGAAGCGUGGAUCAGUUCCACAGGAGUUGCACCGUCAGUCGCAGGACUUCAGAGUCAUCAGAGGCCAAACUGACAAGUGCUCUAAAUGUCAGGGGGGUUAAAAGGUGCUUGUGUGUGUUUUCAUAUUUAGCUGACUCAACAUGGAGGCUCAACAAUAUUCCAAUUUAUAUUCAUAGUUUACUGAUAAGAUUAGACUAAAGAAAACAAACCGUGAAAGCUAUAUUUCUUUUGCCAGCCUAAAAUAAAUUAAUUAAUCUGAUUGGCUGAAAUCUGCUGGUGAUGUCAGAGGAAAGGUCCAGAUGAAGUCGUUCCUCUAAAGGCACUGGGUUGUAUAUAACAAACAUUUAAAAAAUAAAUGUUGAGUUUUUCUUUAUGAUUUUCUACUCUGUAACGAUGACUAAUGUUGCCUACUUGUAUCUACCAACCUGCUGCCGUGCUACAGUUUAAUCCACAACGAUGUUUUUUGAUGUUUCUUUUGCUCCAAGCUUCUCAGUCAGACUGCUGUUUGGUUAAUUAAAUGCCAAAACGUAGCUUUAUCAUCCAACAACAAAAACAUUAUCAACGUGUGGAAAUUGUAAUAGUGUAGGAUGCAUUGUGUAUACUUCAUGAAUUUCAAUAUAAAGAUAUCAACACAAAAA